AUGCUGCUGGCCUUCUCCUCCUCGCGUCGAUCCGCCCUGACGGGCGCGGGUGCGUGCGCGCUGCUGCCGAUCGCGGCGCGAGCUGAUCUCCCGAUCGCGACCUACUGCAUCCCGGGUGUGACGGCGGAGCGCUGCCGCGGCGUGUUCUGGGAGACCGGAAAGCUUUAUCGCAAGCAGGGCGCCGAAUCGGUCGUGGUGUCGGAAGGCGAUUACCGCGCUGCGGUGGCGUCACUCUCUGGCCUGCAAAAUACGCUCGCCGGGCUGCGCACGCAGCGGAGCGCAAAGGAUCUGAGCGCGGCGGCGGCCGAGGCGCGCGCGACGCUGCGCCGAACGGGCGGUUGGCUGUGCACAGCGCUGGACGAGGAGCGCCGGUACGACUCCGAGUUUCAGCUGAAUGAAGCAUUGGCGGCGCUCGAUGAGGUUGACCGCGCCGGGCUGGCAGGCGACGAGGCGGGGCUCGCGCCAGGCUUUGGGCAGACCUCGCUGCUAUACGAGCGCGCGCUGAAGAGCUUGGACGCCUUCCUUGCCGGCCUCCCCGAGCUGCCGACUGCAGUCCUGUGA